GCUGACCAGAUAAAAGCGUCUGAAAGCUCUACAUUAGGUUUUGCAUUGGUGCAACACGAUCGCUCAACAUGGCCUUUGAACUGACCAAUAGGUCACUGCGACGCCAUUGCAGGGAGCUCAAGUUAUAUGCUAGCUGUCUAGAGCUCAAUGACGUCCUGCAUCUGCACCACAAGGGAAUCGAAAAACUGCAAUCAUUAGAGCCGUUUACUGGCCUGAGGACGCUUUAUCUUGAAGGAAAUGCCAUCAGAACAAUUGAGGGGCUCAACGAGCUCACGAAUCUUCGAUCACUGUCCCUGAAUCAGAAUCUAAUUUACGACAUCGAAGGCCUCGAGACGCUGAAGCAGUUGGAAGUGUUGGACCUUUCGGACAACCAGAUCAGCAAGAUCGAGAACCUGGCCUGCUGCCCUCUGCUGCGUCAGCUGACCAUCACAGGCAACAAGAUAGCAUCGGAGGGUGACGUCAGACACCUCAAGGAGUGCCCUAGCCUCCGCUCCCUGGACCUCUCCGGCAACAAGAUCGCCGACGAAACCGCGCUCGACGUCAUCAAAACCCUGCCGCUAACCCUGCUGCGGUUAGUGGGCAACCCCGUCGUCAGCACGACGUCAUACUACCGGAAGAGCCUCAUCGUCGCCAUUCCCACGCUCAAGUACCUGGACGACAGCCCGGUGUUUGAGAAGGAGCGGCGACUCGCGGAGGCGUGGGCCCGGGGAGGGCUUGACGCCGAGAAAGCGAUGCGAGGAGCAAUUCGAGACGAGGAGGUACAAACGCGCGAGCGGCAUCGACAAGCUUUUGAUGACAUGAUUGCGGAGACCCGCGCGAAUGCCGCGCGCGAGCGCCUCGAGGCCGCGCGUUCCGCUGCAGCGGAGCACAUUGUCAGCGAGGCCAUCGGAGCGGCCGUCGAAUCAACCAUGAAGGAAGCCGAAGCAGCGGAAACGGAACGGAAUGCAGCAGAAGCGGAACGGAAGUUGCACGAAAGAACAGCUGACCAGGAAGGAUUUGCAGAUGAAAGCAGUGCGCCCUUGGAUUCUGCUGGAGUUCCGGUGGAGGAAGUGGGAGCGGAAUCGGGUUGCGAAACGAGGGCGCCUUUGACUCUGGACAUCGACGGACUUCCGGCGGAAGAGACGCAGGGGUCCGCUGGCAGCCCGGCGGACUCUGACCACUCGUUCGAGAAGGUGGAGAAAGCGUCACCGGAAUCCAGAGGAAGCGGAAACGGAACUCCAGAAGCCGGCGGAAUUGGGGACUGGGUUAUGGUGGGCGACACAAGCGGCACAUCGACCCCCGAAAGGGAAGCGAGGAAUGAGCGAAACCGUAACAAGGAUGUCGAAUUGGACGUCACGGCGAUCGCGAAGCUCUCGGACGACGCGCGCGAGCACCGGGCGCGCGAGGAGGCUUUUCGGGCCGAGGCGCGCGCUCGCGCGCUCGAGCGGGCAGCAGUGCGCGCGGAGGAGGUCCUGAACAAUAGCAGUCACGCGCUGCUACUUGAGAGCGCACGCGCGCUCGGUCUCGCGACGAGCGGUCGCAACUCGCGGCGCGCAAGCAUUGAGAAGAGCGCGGGUUUGGCAACAGAUGCUGAAGAAGCGGCCGCGGCCAAGAGCGACGGGGUAGGUGAAGGAAAGCCCUUGGAGUGCGACGAUCUCCAGGAACUAGGAGUGGGCAAUAAUGAAGAGGAUGUCGAGGUCUUGACAUUGACGGAGCGGCGUCCUGUGAUUUGGGGAACUGCGAAGUUUAGGGACUUGUGGACGGGCGCGGUUCGGCUUGGGGAGGCCCAGGAGCCGGCAAGCGAAGCAGAGUUGGUGGGGGGAAAUGCGAAACCGCCUGAAGAAGGAGGAGAAACGCUUGGUGACGUCAGUCUGGGGUUGGAUGCGGUGGAUCUUGGGAGGGACGAUGUGACGUCGGACAGGGAUAAUUGCCGCGAAGGGCAUACUCUUGAUAACGUCUUUGGAGAGGAUGCCGCAGAAAGAGACGUGAAGCCAGAGUCUGAUGAAUGUGCAGAAACGAUCGAAGUCGGCCAGAAUUUGCUUAAGGAGAGCUGUGCGCCACAGGAAGCAGAGAGUAGCAGCCCGGUCGUUCGCAAGAUUGCAUGGCCGGUCCAGAAGGGGCACGUGACAGCAGGUGAUUGCGCAGAUUCUCGUGGUUCGAAGGUGGAACAAGAUUUGCUGCCGGGAUGUAACCGUGCGGUGAUAAGAGGAAGCGUAGAGGGCGAUAUCAACAAGCAGAUUAGUGCUGUGCCGAUGUUGACUGAAGAAGAGUCAGGUAACGAUAAUGCAGGCCCGUCUUUUGAUCAUUUUGAACUCGACGAGAUGGACUGAAGCGGGGUUGAAAGUAGAGCCGUUUUCCGUUCAUCUUCAAAAGUCUGCAAAAUUCAAGGGACCGAUAAAUCAUGCGAUA